AUGUCAAGCCCAGAGACCACUGCCACUCCAGAAGUCGAAGUUGCACCUUGGAAACCACAGCUUGAUUUGGAUUGUCCAGCAGGACGUGUCUGUCUCUUGGAGAAAGAAGACAUCGACAAUGAAUUCCUGAACCGUCUCGACUUGUUUAAGGAAAAGAUGGAUCUGUACGGUGAUACCCUUAAGCGGUACUACGAGCUCAAGGUCCACGAGAAGUUUGGCACAGUUCCAGCUGACAUCGCGGAGGAAACCAGAGAAAACGCUGAUGAAAACGUCAAUGGCGAGGAACUUCUCUCUUUGGAUAGAGAAAACCUCACUGGCAAACUUGCGUCACUUCCCGGGGAAUUGCAAAAAAUUGAGAAAGAAUGCCUCCAACGCUUGGCUCCUCCAGAAGUAGAAGUCGCUCGUUGGAUUUAUGAAUACAUCUACCAGGAGAGCCCUCUGGAUCGUGAACUUCUUAAUGCUUCACGCUUUAUCAAGGAAAAAGCUUCUGGUGCGGGUGACUUUCUGGAUGCUUGCUCUCUUUUACAGGAGUACGAAAAAUCCUAUCUUCUUGAAUACUGUUUGAGUAAGGUUGUUGAGUAUCGCAAGGAUCGAACCUGGUACCGGGACUGUGUUACCAGGAAAGUGAAGCGUAGACGGGUUGAAAUUCAGCUGUCUCUCGAGAAAAGAGCCAGAGAUGGGCCUUUUGUUCCAUCAUUCUCUAGCGGUGGUCACUCUUCCAGAGUUCACAAAAACACAUACAAGCGAUCCUAUUGA